AGAGCAAAGGAUCUCUAUAAAGAGACUUUCUACUGCUUUCACUCCAACACCACCUUUCUUUCUUUGUCUCUGAUUCAUGCAAAGAAGAUGGAGCUUGGUUUAAGCUUAGGAGAUGCUUCAAAGCCAUUUGGGUUCAUCGAUAAAUCUAGAGAUAUCACCACCAACAACAGAAGCAGCAGCAGCUUAGGCUUUUGCAUGGCCUUAUCUAUUGGUCCAAAUCCUACAAAUCAACAAGAAUUGCAACUAGAACAAGAACAAGAACACAGCAAUGAUAAUUCUACAGAUUCAGCAACAACAACCAAAAUCAAAACACCAACUAAUCUCUCCCCCUUAGAUCCACCUUUGAUCCAACUUGAUCUUCUACCAAACACUCCUGUCACUCGCAGCAACCUCCAUGCCCUUCCUUGGCCUUCCUCUGAUAACGGGAGUUGUGAAGUGGCUUCAUCAGGGAACAUGGCCAGAUCAGGGUUAGAUGUGAAUAGGCUCCCAGCUGUUGAGGAGGCUGAGGAUGGGGCUGCACUUUCAUCUUCUCCUCCCAACAGUGCUGCUUCAUCGUUUCAGAUGGAUUUCUCCAUAUACAGUAAAAAUGGAAAUCAAGAAACUGAGGUUGAGAGAGCUUCUUCUAGAGCUAGUGAUGAGGAUGACAACGGUAAUACCAGGAAGAAACUCAGGCUUUCUAAGGAACAGUCUGCUUUCCUUGAAGAAAGCUUCAAAGAACACAGUACUCUAAAUCCUAAACAAAAACUUGCACUUGCAAAGCAGCUUAAUCUCCGUCCUCGCCAAGUAGAAGUCUGGUUUCAGAACAGAAGAGCAAGGACCAAGUUGAAGCAAACAGAGGUGGAUUGUGAGUACUUGAAGAGGUGCUGCGAGACAUUAACAGAAGAGAAUAGAAGACUUCAUAAGGAGCUUCAAGAAUUGAGAGCUUUAAAGACUUCAAAUCCAUUCUACAUGCAACUACCUGCCACCACUCUAACUAUGUGCCCUUCUUGUGAGAGAGUUGCCACUACCACGUCGGCUACCGUGACAACCACCACUACCACCGUUACUCCAAGCACAACGAUGAAGCCCACCAGUAAUACCACCACCAAUAAUAAUAAUAAUAAUAGCAGUGCUGAACCCACAGUCACAGCCACAGGGUUGUCCCUGGCAAGACCCGGCCGGUUCUAUCCAUUUUCUCAUCAUCAGCCCUCAUCUUCUUGAAAUUAGAGAUAGAUAAAGGUUCUCGUUUUUGAAGAUCUGUACAUAAAUAUGCAAAGUUUUGGAGCGAAUCUUGAUAGGCAAAUUAAUUCUGUUGAUGAUUUGAUGGGUUAAAAUUACUUAGUUAUUGGGAUCAUGUUCUUGGAGGGGAAUUUUUAAAUUAACUUGGAGUUUUGUAUUCUGGUUUAA